AUGACGACGCCACAAAGUGUGGUAAAAUUUACGCCAACUGCAUCCAUGUUGACUUCUCUCGCAGAAACGGCCGAUCGAAAUAAUAUUUCAAAAGAUGGAAAGAUUAUACUUCCCGAAGAGGAAUAUAUGGCAUAUGCUGAUUAUAUUAUUAAACGAGAUUAUUAUCCUGAUUUAUUAACCAUGGUCGGAACAGAUCGGGAAUUAAAUUAUUCGCUUGAUGAGUUUUUGAGAAAAUACACUAGCGAAGAUAAUGCAUCGUUUGAUGAAAUUAUGGAAAAGUGGAAAAUGAAAAACAAAGCAAUCGUUGAGAAAAUUUAUGAAAAGAAUGCAAAAUCAAAUGUCAAUAGAGUGCUUCUACCUGCUCUCACAAAUACUAAUAAUCAAAUCAAAGCAAUUACAAAUGAUAGCUCUUCAUUAUUAAUGUUAGAAUCCAAAGUUGGAUCCAGCAGUGACAAUACUCAAUUGGUUACUCGCAUCAAUGAAUCAAAAUCAUCAGAAGAAAUUGCAAAAUUUAAAUUUGAUGAAGACUCUGAAGUUGAACAGUACAAAAAUAACUUGAUGUUUUAUCCGUCUGGUAUUUCAAAGCUUGAACCCACCAAUUCAACAGCUACAGAAUCAAUUAUCAAACAUUCUGGGACUAGAAUUUCUGAGACUGUGGUGAAAAAGAACGAAAGUCUCACAAAAUCAUUGAGUACAAUUAAACAGUAUGAUUUAGAUAAUGCCACCGAAGAUCCUCAACAAACAUUGGAAAACAUUAAUAGAGAGUUAAAUCGAUCAAGUAGUGAAACUCCUUCAAUCAACGGAAUACAAUUAGAAACCACUCCAAUCAUUCAUCCAACAGCAUCCACUGAAAUCAUGACAUGGGGUACAAUCGAAUCAUCUCCAUUCAGAGUUCCAGAAACACCAAAACGUGAAAUACUUUCACAGCAACUUGCCUCCAAAGCAAGCAAAAACAUUAGACUUCGAGAAAGUUCAACACCAAAUCAAACCUACUCCUACAAUCGAACACCUUCAUCCUCACGAUCCUUUCUAACUCCUUCCAUGAGUCCACAUACUCCCUCUUCAUCUCCUUUGACCAUGAAACAACAAUUCAAUUCUCUCUCUAAUGCUGCGCAACGUCUUGCAAGACGUCAUUUAAAGACUGCAAUGUCGUCAAGUUCUUCCUCCUCGUCGAUGAAUUCACCCCUUAAUGAUUUGGAAAUUUCUUCAAAAAAGAGAAAGACAGAAAGACCUGAGAAAGAGUAG